AUGCUCUGGGCAUCCCUCCUGUGCCUGUCCCUGUCCCUGUGUUUGCGCAGCCAUGCGCAAAGCUGCCUGGCAGCCGCGGAAGCGGCGAUCGCCAGGGCUCCGGAAAGAAAGCAGAACAUUUAUACGACAACCCAUUUGUUCAAGCGCCAUUUGGCACAGUACUUCUGCCCGAUGACCGCAUCCCAGCAGCUUACGGUGGCAGAAAUCGGUGUGUUUCAUGGUCAUACAACUGCCGUGCUCGCAGCUGUUUUCCACCAAGUGAUUGCGGUGGACGUUGAAGAAUCGUACCUGCGACUAGCGGCCCGGCAAACAAACGGAUCAAGAAAUGUCGUGUUCGUGACCGGUGACUCCGGCGUGGACCGUUGGCAUGCUUUCCGUUCCAACCGGAUUGAUGCAGUCGUCAUUGACGCGGACCAUCGCUAUGAGUCGGUUCUCGCGGACAUUUCCAAUGCGCUGAGCGUGAAAACCGUGAAGCACUUUGCCUUCCACGACUAUCAAGCCGCCGGCGUGAGGCAGGCGAUUGCGGAGUUCGAAGAGCUGGGAGCGCUGGUGAACUGCCAGGCAAUCGGUUCGGGAUGGGAUGGUUCUGCUUGGUACUACGACGGUUGGAAUGCCGACACCGAGACUAACGUGUCCGAGGGCCGCCUCUGUCGUCGCGGGAAGCUGGGUAACCUAGCACCCUCCUUUGUCAACAAGACCUUCUACGUCUAUCAGACUCCUAUCGCCGAGUUCCGCAAAGAGAUGGACUGCCUAUUCCUUGCAGGUAGAAUGACCUGUAGUACACUGCAGGGCAGCUGGAGCUUUCGCGGCGAAGGUCGCAGGCUGCAGGUCCUUUUGGAGAACCCGUCGGGUGGAGCCUUGGAAGUCCUGUUCAACAAGGACUACACGGCCUUCAUUAUGGGAUAUCUCGGCUCGACGUAUUUUGGACUGCAAGAAGGUCUGGCCUUCAUGGCCGUGAAGCAGGCGAACCGGCUCUUCAAAGAUGCCAAGAGACAGCCGCUCUGA